AUUUCUUCAUUUAUUCCAGUAUAGAGGCCCUACACAACAUACACAAUGAAGCCAAACACUCCAGCAACAAGUCUCAUCUUCGGAGGGCACAUCGGCCCCCAGACCAAAAACUCCCUGGAAGCAGAAGUCCGCAAGAUUGUCAACGGCCCCAAUGGAGGAUGGAUACUCGACACCCUGGCCGGCAUGCCACGGUACUGGGAGGCCGUGACAGAGAAGAUCCCCGAACUGGCCAGUACGAUGCAGGGCCCUCGCCUGCUGGCCGACCUUGAGUCGUGGUUUCGCGGUUCUGACUCGGUCGACUCGCUCGCUCCAGACACGGAGCUCCCAGAUCUGUGGCUCGGGAUUCUGAUGGUCACCAUCCAGCUGGAUCAGUACUGGCGCUAUCUGGAAAGUCGAUUCGCCGACAAAGCUGUCGAUGACCUACAAGCCGAGCUGGUCAAAGAGGACAAGGUCGAGGCAGUUGGGUUCUGUGCAGGCAUGAUCGCCGCCGUCGCCAUUGCCAGUUCCCACACUCGACAAGAAUUCGAACAGUACGGCGCCGUUGCCCUGCGCACCUCGGCUCUGAUGGCAGUCCUUGUCGGUGCCACCGAGGAGUGGACCAAAGCCAAGGGCAAGGGCAGGUCGGUCUCGCUGGCCACAGCCUGGAGAACCCGCAAGCAGGGUGAGGAUCUGGCACGCAUCGUCUCGAAGCUGUCUCCCGAUGCCUAUAUAUCUGUUAUCCUCGACGACUCCCGAGCCACUGUGACAGUAUCAGAACGCCUCGCACCCAAACUGGCCCGGCAGCUCCGAGCAGCUGGCGUCACGGCCAUCCAGCUCGCUAUCAAGGGCCAGCUGCACUCCCCGACAGUAGAGCGCGCACGCCUGACCGAAGCUGUGAUCGAACUGUGCCAGUCGAUGCCCGAGCUGCAGUAUCCUGACGCGGCUCAGCUCGCACUGCCCAUAAACCAGGUCUCGGGGCACGAAACGGGUUUGGUGGGGAUGGUCCUGCGCUCUAUGCUGGUGACGCAGUUGGACUGGACCACCACCGCUUCGAAGCUGGGCCUGAGCAAGGACGAGCUCGCACGCGUUGAAUUUGGGCUCGACCGACCCCUUCCUCCCCCGGUGGUGCGUGCCUUUGGUGCGAAGCUGGAGUAUAGGGAGAUUGAUGUACACGACAACAAGGAGCCUAUCCACGAUGCUGAACCAGUGGUCCCUACUGAAUCAGUGCAAGCCGCAAAUCAAGACGACAAUGUAAUUGCAGUAGUGGGAAUGUCGCUCAAGGUCGCAGGCGCCAACGACCUGGACGAGUUCCAGCAGAUGCUCAAGACCGGACAGUCGCAGCACCAGCUCAUCACCGACGACCGCAUCACGCCCAACAUGAUGUUUCGCGACAAGGAUCCCAGCCGCAAGUGGUAUGGCAACUUUGUGCGCGACCCAGACGCCUUCGACCACCGGUUCUUCAAGAAGAGCCCGCGCGAGUCGAUGGCGAUAGACCCCCAGGGCCGGCUGUCCCUCGAGGCUGCCUAUCAAGCGCUGGAGCAGUCUGGAUAUUUCAACGAGCUGGGUAUGGCCAGUGCUGCUGAGCAGGAGAAGAAGAAGCACGUCGGCGUCUACGUCGGGCUCUGUUCCUACGAGUACGAUUCCAACGUCCACUGCCAUCCCCCCAGCGCCUUUACGACGACGGGGGAGCUGCGAAGCUUCAUUCCCGGCCGGGUCUCGCAUUACUUUGGAUGGACAGGCCCCUCGUUGACCUUUGAUACUGCUUGCUCCUCGUCAACCGUCGCCCUGCACAAUGCCUGCAGAGACCUGCUGUCCGGGGAGAUCCCAGCAGCGCUGUGUGGUGGCGUCAACGUCUUGACAAGCCUGCAAUGGACGCAGAACUUGGCCGCUGGCAGCUUCAUCAGUCCGACGGGCCAGUGCAAACCCUUCGACUCUGCUGCAGAUGGAUACUGCCGAGGAGAUGGCAUUGCCUACGUCUUCCUGAAGAAGCUCUCAACCGCCGUGGCUGAUGGCAAUACAGUCCUGGGGACCAUUCGCUCUACAGGCGUCAACCAGAAUCUCAACACCACGCCGCUGUUUGUGCCCAAUGUGCCGUCCCUGUCGACACUCUUCAACGAGGUGAUUCGCAAGGCAGACGUUGACCCACGCGAGAUUUCCCUGGUCGAAUGCCACGGCACCGGCACGCCUGUGGGAGACCCUGCUGAAUGGCAAAGCAUCCGGAAUGCCGUGGCUGGUCCUCGUCGAGAUACGGUUCUGCCCAUUGGGUCUGCAAAGGGGCAUGUGGGCCAUACUGAAGGCGCAUCCGGCCUGGUCUCCCUGAUCAAGGUGCUGCUGAUGAUGCGAGGCAACUUCAUCCCUCCACAGGCCAGCUUCAACAGCAUGAACCCCGGUAUCAACGCGCAGCCCUCGGACAAUAUGGAGGUCGUCACUGCCUUACGGUCAUGGCCCGGUGCUAGGAAGGUGGCUCUGAUCAAUAACUACGGUGCCUGUGGAUCCAACUCCAGCGCCAUCGUCUCUCACUCGGCGCACAAGCCUGCCAAAACUCCCUUGUCCGUUCAACGACUCCCUUUCUGGAUAUCCGGUCUCGAUGCUAGAAGCAUUGCAGCGUACAGCACCGCACUGGCUCCAUACCUACAGUCGCAGGAUCCCGAGACGAGCCUCGCCGAUGUCUCGUUCAACAUGAAAUGGCAAUCGAACCCCAGUCUGCCUCAAGGAAUGAUCUUCAGCUGCAGCUCUGUGGACGAGCUGCAGGCCAAGCUUGCCCAGGCAGCCACGGCUACCAAGGACACAGCCCCCAGUGUUGGCAUUACGCCGGUGAAGCCUGAGCGGCCCGUGAUCCUGUGCUUUGGCGGCCAGGUCUCGACAUUCAUUGGACUGGAUCGCGCAGUAUAUGACGGGACAGCAGUGUUCAGACACCAUCUAGAUACCUGCAAUGCCGCUAUCACAUCUCACGGUCUGACGAGUAUCUAUCCCGACAUCUUCUCCAGCGAGCCGUAUCAGGAUACUAUCAAGCUCCAGACUGCUCUCUUUGCCGCGCAAUAUGCCUCGGCCAAGACCUGGAUGGACUGUGGGAUUGCCGACAAGGUGGUUUCUGUGGUGGGACACAGCUUCGGCGAGAUCACAGCCCUCUGUGUUGCCGGCGUGCUGAGUCUGGAGGACACGGUCAAGCUGAUCGCCGGUCGAGCCAGGCUGGUGCAGACCGCUUGGGGGGCUGACUCCGGCUCCAUGAUGGCCAUCGAGGCCGACGAAGCUGUGGUGCAAGCACUACUACAGGAAUCCAAUGCGAAGUCCGACGGAACUGCCGGUAUUGCAUGCUACAACGGCCCCCGCAGCUUCACCGUGGCUGGCUCAACAAAGGCCAUUGACGUAUUUGCCGCCACGCUGCCAGGAAAGGAGGUCAAGAGCAAGCGGCUCAACGUCACCAAUGCCUUCCACUCAGCCUUGGUAGAGCGCAUCGUCGACCGUCUAGGCGAGGUUGGCAAGGGAGUCACCUUCCACGACGCCGUCAUCCCGAUAGAACGAGCCACGGAGCAUGGCGGCGACUCUGCGCCAGACUGGACCUUUGUCGGCUCGCACAUGCGCCAGCCGGUCUUCUUCAAGCACGCUGUUCAGCGACUCGCAGAGAAGCAUCCCGAGGCCAUCUUCCUUGAAGCGGGCUCCAACUCGACCAUCACCGUCAUGGCAUCGCGGGCCCUUGCCAGCCCUAAGUCGACGCACCACUUCCAGCCCGUCUCCAUCACCAACACCAACCAGGGCAUCGACAAACUCACUGGUGCCACAGUCGAUCUCUGGAAACAGGGCCUGCGGGUGUCGUUCUGGGCCCACCACCGCCUGCAGAAAGAUGAGUAUGCGCAGCUCCUCUUGCCGCCGUAUCAGUUCGAAAAGACACGACACUGGCUCGAGCUCAAGCCGCCAGUCGAGCAAGCCUUGAAGAUUGCCCAAGUCGAGGAUAUAUCCAAGACUCAGCAGGAAACCAUCAACCCCAAGUCUCUGGACAUGUGGACCUUCCUGGGCUUCCAGGAGAAGAAGAAGACCAAGCUGGCUCGAUUCCGCAUCAACACGUCCUCAGACAAGUACCAGCGCCUCUUUGCAACCCACUUCAUCGCAAAAACGGCGCCCAUCGCUCCAGCCACGCUCGAGAUCGACAUGGCCAUCGAGACCCUCUUCAGUCUCAAUCCGGAAUGGAGACGUGAUGGUUUCUCGCCAGUCAUCCGCGACAUGCUCAGCCACUCGCCCAUGUGCGCCGACUCGACGCGCGAGUACCUGCUCGACCUGGAGCCACUCGAUCCAGAAGAAACAGAGUGGCAAUGGACUAUUCACAGCACGGGGGCUUCUGCGAAUGACAAGCACGCCGAGGGCCGCAUCGCCAUGCUCUCACCAUCCGACCCGGCCGCGCUCCAGGAAUUCAGCCGCUGGGAGCGCGUCGUCACAUACGAGCAGUGCCAGGCCGUCCUAGCACUGGGUCCACACGAUGAAGGCGUGGAGGCCCUCCAGGGGCGCAAUAUAUACCGAGCCUUCGAAGAAGUGGUCGAAUUUGGGCCUGUCUACCGCGGCGUGAAGUACAUUGUAGGCCAGGCGAAAGGCGAGAGCGCAGGAAUCGUGCACAAGCAACACUCCGGCGAUACCUGGCUUGACGUCCCCAAGGCAGACUGCUACGGCCAGAUUGCAGGCAUGUACGUCAACCUGCUGACAGACAUCCCGGCCAGCGACAUGUUCGUUGCUACCGGCCUGGAGCUGGUGAUGCGCGCGCCAAAGGCCCACACUGUGACGGAGGGCCGGGAGAAUGGUCCAGAUGUCUGGCAUGUUCUUGCUCGUCAUGCUCGUCAAGGUGAGAAGGCGUUCGUGACUGAUGUCUUUGUCUUUGAUGCCUCGACUGGUGCGCUGGCGGAGAUCAUCCUGGGCCUGCAGUAUGUCCGCGUCCCCAAGGCUGCAAUGAGUAAGAUCCUGGCACGAGUGACGACGGACAAGUCGUUUGUAAGAAGCACAGCGUCGCUUCCAUUGCCUGACCGAGCUCAGCCUGUUGACCGGUCUCAACCUCGUGCUGCUCCCAAGCCAGCACCCAAAGCAACCAAGGCAGAUGUCAAGACAACACCUGCCAGCGGCGCACGCAAUAUCGCAAAUGAAGUAUGCAACGUGGUUGCCAACGUUUCCGGUAUUGAUUCCAGCGAAUUGAGCCUCGACAGCGAGAUGGCCGACUUGGGCAUUGACUCCCUGAUGGCGAUGGAAGUGGCGCGCGAGAUGGAGAGCACUUUCCACUGCACCCUCGACAGCACCGAGACCAUGGUCGCCACGAGCAUUCGCGACUUUGCUUCCUGCGUAUCGAAUGCACUCGCGAAGUCUGGAAGUCAAGACGGCGACUCGACCAGCACCGAGAGCGAUGCGGUGCUCUCCGACUCGGAGGACGAAGACACCGUCUCUGAUAUCUCGACUCCGGAUAACGUCUCAGUUGCCAGCAAGAGCCACGAUCUGGUGAGUGGUCCACUCGUCCCAGCGAUACAAGAUGCUGAUCGUGGCGAUGUAGCAGCCCGUGAGGCAGAGGCCCUGCGUCUAGUCGAGGCCUAUACAGCUGGCUGGGAGUCGCCGGCACUUAACGCCAGCUGCGCCACCACGUCCGAUUCUGGAGCUGUGGUGAUCGUGACAGGUGCAUCUGGUAGCCUGGGAUCGCAUAUCGUUCAAGCCCUGGCUGAGCGCCCCGAUGUUGCAAGGGUCGUCUGCAUCAACCGCGCGGUCAAGGACACUCCCCCGGCCAACCGACAAGACGAAGCCCUAACUUCCAGAGGCAUCACACUGUCGCCAGCUGCCCGCGCAAAACUGCAGGUCUAUGGGACAGAUACUUCAAAAUCCCAGCUCGGUCUCUCGAGCCAGGAAUACACCUGGCUGAUCCAGCAUGGAACGCACAUCAUCCACAACGCGUGGCCCAUGAGCGCUACACGACCACUCAAAGCCUUCGAGCCCCAGCUGCAGGUAAUGCGGAACCUGCUGGAUCUGGCUCGCGACAUGGCCGUGGGAGCUGAGCCACGCAGGGUCGGAUUCCAGUUCAUCUCAUCAAUCGGCGUCACAGGGUUCUCGGACGAGUCUCCCGUCCCCGAGAAGCCCAUGACAAUGGCUGCGACAAUGCCCAGCGGCUACAACGAGGCCAAGUGGGCGUGCGAGCGCAUGCUGACCGACACGCUGCGCCAGCACCCUCAGCUGUUCCAGGCAAUGGUGACCCGGCCAGGCCAGAUUUCUGGAUCUACUGCAAGUGGCUUCUGGAAUCCUGUCGAGCACUUUGCGUUUAUCAUGAAGAGUGCGCAUGCACUGAAGCUGUUUCCUGAUCUACAGGGCGUGCUGCAUUGGCUGCCUGUGGAUAAAUCCGCGAAUGUCAUGGUGGAUCUGCUCAAUAUUGGCAGCGAAGACUCAGGCGAGGUCUAUCCGGUCUAUCAUGUCGAUAACCCUGUUGGCCAGUCGUGGAAGGAAAUGGUGAGCGUUCUGGCAGAAGCUCUGGAUAUCCCAUCCCAUGGAGUUAUUCCCUUUAAGGAGUGGAUUCAGCGAGUUCGUCAGUCGUCUCUGCCACCAGCGCAGAACCCGGCGGCCAUGGGGCUGGGGUUCCUUGAGAGUCACUUUCAACGCAUGGCUUGCGGUGGGAUCGUGCUGGACGCGCAGCAUGCACAGGAGCACUCGAGAACUAUGGCUUCACAGGGUCCAGUCAGUGCUGAGGUGGUCCGGUCGUAUGUCUCGUCGUGGAAGGCAAUGGGGUUUCUUCAUUAAUUUACUUGUCUACAUAGCGUUGUUUAUAAUAGAAUGUCAAACGUAUCAAG